AUGGCUUCUCCCAGGCUAGAGACCUACUGCUGUCCCAACCGGGAUGCAGCCACGCAACUGGUGCUGACUUUCCAGCCUGAGGUUUUCUGUGGAGUUUGCAUUGGCAGCGCCUCAGUCAGUCUGCUGCUCUGCAUCCUGCAGCUCCUUCCCAAGCAGGGACAGAGUCCCCGGAAGAUGCCAAAAGCUUCCUCCUCCACCACCAUUCUUCUCCUCAUCUCCGUUUGUGACAUCCUUGGUGGCCUAGGUAUCAUCUUCAGAUCAACAGUAUGGAUAGGCUUCCCAGACUUCAUAGCAAACAUCUCUGUGGUGAAUGGAACUGACGUGUGGCCUUCUGCCUUUUGUGUGGGAAGUGCAAUGUGGAUCCAGCUCUUGUACAGUGCUGGCUUCUGGUGGCUGUUUUGCUAUGCUGUAGAUUCCUACUUGGUGGUUAGAAGAUCAGCAGGGCUAAGUACAAUUGUGUUGUACCACAUGAUGACAUGGGGCCUGGCAAUCCUGCUGUGUGUGGAGGGAAUUGCCAUGCUUUACUACCCUUCUGUUGCUAGUUGUGAAAAUGGCCUGCAGCAUGCAAUUCCUCAUUACAUCACUACCUAUGCCCCACUUCUGCUAGUUUUGGUGGCCAAUCCAAUCCUCUUUAGAAGGACGGUAACAGGAGUUGCCUCAUUGCUCAAAGGAAGACAAGGAAUCUACACAGAGAAUGAAAGACGCCUGGGGAUGGAGAUUCAGAUCCGCUUUUUCAAAAUUAUGCUGGUGUUCAUUAUAUGCUGGUUACCAAACAUCAUCAAUGAGAGCCUGUUGUUCUACCUUGAAAUGCAGCCAGAUAUCAAUGGAAGCCCCUUGAAAAAUGUUAGAAAUGCUGCAAUGAUCACAUGGAUUAUAAUGGGAGUGCUGAAUCCAAUGCAAGGCUUUCUCUUCACACUCACUUUUUAUGGCUGGACUGGGUGGAAACUGAACCUGAAGUGGCAAAAGAGAGAAAUACCGUGGGAAUCAAUGUCCACAUCAGCUGUUGCUGACAAUGGCUACCCUUCUGCCAUUGGAUCCUCUGUGAACUACCAAAGCAACAUCCACGACUCGAAGAAGACAACAGCAGCCAGCAGCCAACAGACUGACGAGGCCUUAAGCAUGCUGUCUGAAGGUUCUGAUGCUAGCACAAUUGAAAUCCAGAUCCCAAGUGAGCUACAUGACUUAAAGGAUAAUGAUGCUGAUGCUGAAUAA